CUCCGCCCAUCGCUGCCAACGUGCUGGAUGCCCAGCGCAAGGUCCUGCUGAAGACAUCUGGCCACAGGCAACUCCUCGCCUGCCCAUUUGGGCUUUGCAAAUGCAAGGGGCCCCGCCUUGACCGCAAAGCCUGGGUCAAUCAUGUACUACGCGAGCACCCCUACGACGAGCAAGCCACUGAUCUGGUCAAGCAGGUGAUGGAGGCCAAAUUGGUCGCCCAGUGCAACAAGUGUCACCUCUUCUUCGAAGCUGCUGGUAUCAGUCAACACCGCUCCCGAUGUGGUGCCAAUCUGAAGCGAGCGACCGAGGCGUUGUUUCAUGCGGCUGGACACGACCUGCUUGAGAUUAUGCGUGGCGCUUGGCCCCAACAGUGUGUAGGGUCUCGCGUCAGUGUCUGUGAGCUGCUCAAGCUCGCCCGGCAUCCACUGAUGCAGCGCAGCCGCUACCCAUCCAACGCCACCGAGACCAAGCUGAUGGCUGCCACCCUGAGCCAGCUGUAUUGGUCUGCCGUCCACUCGGACUAUACCGCUGAAGAGCGAGAGAUGGGAGCGAAGCGGGCCAAACAUGUCAGAAGCGACCAGUUCACCAGGCAUGCGGGGCGUGCGGUCGCGAUCAAAGCCAGCCAGAGCAAGGCGCUUAGCUUUGAAGAGGUUGCAAUCGUUGCAGUUGAGGAUGGCCUUGACGUCCGAGGUGUCUUCAACUUGCUGCAGCAUGGAGCGCAAAACCUCGCGCGGCGGGUGGCCAAGAAGACGAUGCAUCUGCGAAGCAGACACAACAUGGGCAUGCUGUUGUUGCUGGUGGUGGUGCUGGUGGUGAGCUGGGAAAAAAGAAAAGAAAAACAAGCCACCACUGGCCGCAUCACGUGGUGCAGACCAAGUGACAUCAGCAUCACUCAACAAAAAUGUAGACGAGUCAGACAAGGACACGACAAAACCAGCAUCAACAAGAGCAGAAAGCGAGACAAUGUUGUGAGAAAAAGAAGGCACAUAAAAGCAACGAUCAAGAACAAUGGGGCGCAAGACACCAUCAACAUCAGUCACGAGCAAAGACACGGAGCCGACGGCCUCAGCAGCCGUUACGCCGUUAGCAGUCACAAUGGUCUCAGAGCUUGGAGCAAGGUCACGAAAUAA